UAACUCAAAUAUAACCAUUAUUCUUAAAGAGAACGAAAUUAAACAAUUUAUCAAAAAUACAACGACAUGCACUUAUCGCGCCGAAGUUUAGGAUGUAGCUGUAACAUAUGAGAUAAUUUUGUAUUUGCGUUUCGUUUAGUUGACAUAGACUCAUAGUGUAGUUAGCAACGUAACUUUAAACAUAAUGGCAGAGAAUAUUGCAGUGGUUUUGCACGGACCAUACGAUUUAAAAGUCGAAAAAUAUCCGAUACCAAUAAUAAAUGAUGAUGAAGUCCUAAUAAAGGUGAGCUGUGUUGGAAUAUGUGGUUCGGACAUCCGAAUUUAUUCCACAGGAACAUGCGGUAUGGAGUCAAUUACAGAACCAAUUAUCAUGGGUCACGAAGGUGCAGGAGUUAUCGUCAAAGUGGGUGCCAAUGUUACAAAUCUUAGGCCAGGUGACAGAGUUGCUAUUGAACCUACUCAGCCAUGUAAGUCUUGUGAAUUUUGUCGAUCCGGAAGAUACAAUAUCUGCGAGAAACCGCAGUACUGCUCCACGCACAGGUCGCCGGGAAACCUCUGUACCUACUACAAGCAUGUUGCCGACUUCUGUCACAGAAUUCCUGAUAACGUAAGUAUGGAAGAAGGUGCAGCAGUGCAGCCACUUGCGAUCGCAAUACACGCAUGUAAUCGCGCAGGCAUUAAACUGGGAACAAACGUCGUGAUUUUAGGGGCAGGACCUAUUGGAGUUCUGUGCAGUAUGACUGCGAAGGCUAUGGGUGCUGAUAAGGUUCUAAUAACAGAUGUGGUAGAAUCUCGACUUACGGCAGCACAUAAAUUGGGAGUAGACUACACUCUGUUGGUGAAAAAGGAAUACAGUGACCAACAGGUAGUAGAGAAAAUUGUGGAAAUAUUGGGUACAACACCAAGUGUCACCAUCGACGCUUGUGGGUUUGCGUCUGCUCAGCGAGUGGCUAUGAUGGUAACGCGAACAGGUGGGACAGUGUUAAUCGUCGGCAUCGGUGAAGAGACUGCCGAGCUGCCGUUGAGUAAGGCAAUGUUACGAGAAGUUAAUAUUAUUGGAGCUUAUCGACUUUUGAAUUCAUACUCAGCCGCACUGUCAGCAGUUUCAAACCGAAAAAUUGACUUGAAAUCAUUUAUAACACAUCACUUUCCGAUACACAAGGCAAAGGACGCAUUCGAGCUGGCAAAGACCGGCGAAGCUAUGAAGGUUAUCAUCCAUCUCGAUCAAUAGAAAUACCUAAUUUGUCGUUUCCUCUCAAAGUUUCUUCAAAACUUACAAUAUUCAGCUUAGAAAGUGUAUAUAAAACGUUUUGUUAAUAUAA